AACUAUCUUGAAAAUAAUCACACUCAAUCGUGUUACACGUUAAAGAAACUCAAUAUAAAAAAAUUAAUCUAAAAUUUGUAUAGUUAAUAUUUUUAUUUAAAAUUUUCUUUUUUUUAAUUAGUGUUUGAAGGCACUAGUUAGCAGACCCUUAAAUCAAUCGGAGUAGUAAAUUAAUUAAAAAAUGACUAUAGUUUGGUGGAUAAACCACCGUUAUAAUUUUUUAUUUAAAAUAUUAUUAACAUCGCAAUCAUUAAUUUGUAAUUGAUAAUUUAAUUUCAUUACUUUAUUAUCUGCCCAGGUUCAUUCAAAUGUUUGCAUGUGAAUCCACUAUAGAAAAUCUAAACUUACAAGAAAUCCUCUAAAAUAUACUUUAUAAUUUUUAAUUUAAAUUCCAUAGAACAAGAAAAAAGACAAAUCCAUUUUUGUUUUCAUCUUCAAACAAAGUCUGAACGUGUUAUUGUUCCAUUUUCUCCUUGUUUUGUUCUUUCUUGUUCUUGUUAUUUUCCUUCUCUUUCAUUCUUUUGCUUCAGUUUCAAACUUUCAUUCUCUGAUUAUAGCAAUAAGUUGAGACAGUGAUGAAGCAGCAGCAACAACAACACUCAGCCAACAAGCAACAACAGAAUUUAUGGGCAACUAUGGUCAUGAGGAAAUGGCUUAACAUUAAAAGCAAGGAGUCUGAUGAUUUUGACUCUGACCUUGAUGAUGAUAAUGAGGAUGACCCUGAAACUGAUUCAGAUAAUGAAGACUGGAGAAGUCGUUCACGGUUUAGGGACAGCAGAGACGAUGAAGCUCCAUCUGAAUCAAAUGAAUUUCUCCCAGGCUUAAGGAGACAAAAGUCAUUGACUGUAAGGUCUCAAUAUAUAAACAAGAAGGAACUGAGAGUAUGUGUCGGGACAUGGAAUGUCGGAGGAAAACUUCCUCCUAACGACUUUGAUAUUGAUGAUUGGCUCGGCGUUAACCAGCCUGCUGAUAUCUAUGUCCUUGGUCUUCAAGAGAUUGUACCUUUAAACCCAAGUAACAUUUUUGUUGCUGUAGAUACUCGUCCUGUACCGAAAUGGGAAAAAGUUAUUCGAGAAACUCUGAAUAGAGUUCAACCAAAACCAUCAAAGAUAAAAUCUUUCAGUGAUCCUCCAUCUCCAUCGAAGUUUAAACCAUCGGAUGAUGCACCAGAUAUAGAAGAAGAAAUUCUACUAGAAAGUGAUAGUGACAUUGGUGAAGAGGUUCAUCCUUUGGUUGAAGAACAUAAUAAUGUAUUUGAUGGAAUCACAGAUAAACCAAUCACAGAUGAAGAACUUAAUACUAGUUUGAAAGAUUCAAUUGCUUCUGAUAUAGAAAAUGAUUUACAGAAUCAGUUAUCUUAUCAAAGGAGGUUGAAUAGGCUAAAUUGUUUCCGCGAUGAAGAUUCAUCGGAAAACAUUGAAACAACACCUUCUCAACAGAUUAGUAAGCUAUCUAGAAUGGUUAGUGGAACUGAAAGGAUUGGUUUGAGCUGGCCAGAGCCACCAUUACAUUUAUUGCCUCAGACUCAGAGAGUAUUGGAGAGACCGGCUUCUUUUAAACCAGUUAAAUCGUUUAAUAAAACAAAGUCGUUUAGAGCCAGCGAUUCAUUCAAAUCAAAAUCCGAUGCUAUAGAUUUAUUGGCUGAUAUUGACCUUGAAGCUUUGAUGAAGAGGAAAACAAGAUCACCAUAUGUGAAGAUAGUGAGCAAGCAAAUGGUUGGGAUUUUCAUCACUGUUUGGGUUCGAAGAAGCUUAAGAAAACAUAUUCAAAAUUUGAAGGUUUCAACUGUCGGUGUUGGCGUUAUGGGCUAUAUCGGUAACAAGGGAUCAAUAUCAGUGAGCAUGUCGAUAUAUCAGACACUUUUUUGCUUUAUAUGCACUCAUCUUACAGCAGGUGAAAAGGAAGCAGAUGAAAUCAAAAGAAAUGCUGAUGUUCGUGAAAUUCAUCAAAGGACUCAUUUUUAUUCACUUUCUGAUAUUGGGCUUCCCAAAAGUAUCUUCGAUCACGAAAAAAUAAUUUGGUUUGGUGAUCUGAAUUACCGUAUCAGCUUACCAUAUGAAAAAACAAGAGAUCUUAUCUCAAAAAAGCAGUGGUCAAAAUUGCUUGAGAGAGACCAGCUUGUGAAAGAACUAGAGAAAGGUGUAUUUAAUGGAUGGUCAGAAGGAAAGUUAAAUUUCCCGCCAACUUAUAAGUACGAGAUUAAUUCAGAUAAGUACAUCGGAGAGGACCCAAAGGUUGUGAGGCGGACACCGGCAUGGUGUGAUCGUAUUCUUUUGUAUGGAAAUGGAAUGAAACUAUUGAGUUACAGAAGGAGUGAACUUAAAUUUUCAGACCAUAGACCUGUGACUGCCACAUAUUUGGCUGAGGUUGAGGUAUUCGAUCCAAGGAAGCUACAGAAAGCACUUACUUACACCGAUGCAGAAAUUGAAAAUGAAGAAAUCAUGCCAAAUUUCUGCAGUUGGAAUAUACCUGCAUAAUCUGAACAGGAUAUACGAGUUUCUGAAUAAAGUAUAUUAUUUACUGAAUUGGAAGAAGGAAAAUGUUAGCUUAUUGCAACUUCUCAAAUUCACACAGUCACUACUAUACUACGUAUUAAUAAAUUUCUUCAUUUGAAAAUUUCUUAUAUAUUUUGAAGUUAAAAUCUUAUAGAGAAAAUAGUUGUAUGAUUUGUACAUAAGGUAUCUUAUGAACAUGAUGUAAAAGUAGUUGAUAGAUUGGCUAUGUGUGUAAACUCUGAACUGUCUUUUAAGAGCUUUUCAGCAGUUGUGUAUGAUUGUAAAGAAUAAAUAGAAGACUUCAAUUCAAGGCAACAUUAUAAUACAGCUUUGCAGAAAUGAA